AUGGUUACAGAUGCUAAAAGAUUAAAGAUGUCCAAUGAAACUAAUAAUAAAGCUGGAAAUAAAGAAUACAAAUUUUUGUUCACUUCUGAAUCUGUUUCUGAGGGCCAUCCAGAUAAGAUGUGUGAUUUAAUUUCUGAUGCUGUUUUGGAUGCACAUCUUGCCCAGGAUCCUAAUGCUAAGGUCGCUUGUGAAACUGUUACAAAAACUGGUAUGGUUUUAUUGGCAGGUGAAAUAACUUCUACGGCUAUUGUUGAUUAUCAAACUGUCGUCCGUAAUGUUAUUAAAGAUAUUGGUUUUGAUGAUUCUUCAAAAGGUUUUGAUUAUAAGACAUGUAAUUUACUUGUUGCAUUAGAGCAACAAGCACCAGAAAUUGCUCAGGGUGUUCAUGUUAAUCGUUCUGAAGAAGAUGUUGGUGCCGGUGAUCAAGGAUUAAUGUUUGGGUAUGCAACUGAUGAGACUGAAGAAGCUAUGCCAUUAUCAUUAUUGCUAGCUCAUAAAUUGGUGGCAUAUCUUCAUAAACUUCGAAGAGAAGGUUUAUUACCAUGGGCACGUCCAGAUUCAAAAUCUCAAGUAACUGUUGAGUAUGAAUUUGAAAAUGGUGCAUGUAUUCCUGUUCGUGUUCAUACCAUUGUUUUAUCAUGUCAACAUGAUCCAGAAAUUGAUCUUGAUUUUUUGAGAUCUGAAAUUACCGAAAAAGUAAUUAAACAUGUUAUUCCACCAAAAUUAAUGGAUGACAAUACAAUUUUAUAUCUCAAUCCAUGUGGUAGCUUUGCUAUUGGUGGACCACAAUCUGAUGCAGGAUUAACAGGGAGAAAAAUUAUUGUUGAUACUUAUGGUGGUUGGGGUGCUCAUGGAGGUGGUGCAUUCUCUGGAAAAGAUCCAACUAAGGUUGAUCGUUCUGCAGCAUAUGGUGCCCGUUGGGUAGCUAAAUCUCUUGUUAAAGCUGGUGUUUGCCGUCGUUGCCUUGUUCAAGUUUCUUAUGCUAUAGGAAUUGCUCAUCCUUUAUCUAUUACCGUUAUGGAUUAUGGAACUUCUCCAUUAAAUGAGUCAGAACUUUUAACAAUUGUCAAUGAUAAUUUUGAUCUUAGACCAGGAAUGAUUAUUAAAACACUUGGAUUGAAAAGACCAAUUUACAAAGCAACUGCUGCAAAUGGACAUUUUGGACAUAUCUCAUUCCCAUGGGAAGAAGUUAAAGAACUAACUAUACGUGAUGAAUUUCUCAAAAAACUUAAUGCAGUUAAAAAUUCCAAAACUUCCGAUGCCUAA